ACAACAUCAACCACUCCAACCUCUCUCCACCGUGCACACUUCUUCUACAUUCUAUCCAGCACCAUGAAGUCCGUCGCUUUCUUCGUCGCCCUCUUCGCCGCCACGGACGCGUGGAGGACGGUCGAGGUGCCCGAGCCCAGCUUCGGGUCGAGGUUCACGUCGAUCAAGGAAGAGGCGGACCGCUUCUCGGCGGCCUGCAGAGAUGCGCUCAACGGGGAGGGACCCACCUUCACCAUCGACGUCUCCGACCACUCCCUGAGCGAUGGUGUAGGUUCGUUGAACCUUGAGGGCAGAUUCCAGAGGGAGGUGGUGGACAACGUGGACUGCGGUGUCGUCUACAAGUUUAACGAGUGCCGCGGGAUGCCCACGUCCCUCUGGGUCAGCACCACCCAGGACCUCGGGGAUGACAUGACGGCGAACCUUCGCGCUGACAUGGACAUCGACUCCAAGAACGCCGUGAUCGACUGCCGCGUCAACAGCGGCCGUGACUCGGUGGCCGUCGACUUCGACACCGCCGACAGCACGAUGGGCCCGCUCCGCAUCACCAAGCACCUCGACCUUAACGGCCGCAAGGUGAUCGUCCAGCCCACCGUGGACGUGCAGGGGAAGACCGGCGAGGUUGUCGUCGCGGCCGAACUCGACGGCGACGUCACCUCCGCCGAGCUCACGGUGAACCACGCCGAGGACUCUGCCGUCCUCGAGGUGUGCCACCGGUUGGACGACAACAACGUCAUCUCCCCCAAGGUCGACCUCAAGACCGGCGACAUCGCGGUGCGUCUCAACCGCUCGCUGGGCGACGCGCGGGCCGUUAAGUUCACCGCGCAGAGGGAGAACGUGGACUGGGAGUACCUCGAGGGCGCGUGGGUGGUGAAGGGCAACGUGCCGCUCACCAGCAACGGCGCGACCGGAGCCAUCUCGUUCAAGCGCUCCAUCACCCUCUAACUUAUAGAAGAGUUUCACAUAAGUGAUGGACGGAUGAAUAGAUAUGACGGGGAGGAGAGAUGGAUGGUCAUGAUGCAGUUUGUUCGGGUUUUGAUACUCCCCAGUCGAUCGCCCCUGCUACUGUAUCAUUAUUGGCGUCACUCUGCUGUUGGGUCAGUUGGUUUUGAAGUCGUUCGCGCGUUCUCCUCGGCGCGCAUUCGAUUUCCGAGAGAGGGCGGGUGAAGGGGACUUCAUCGAAGUCAACCAGUCUGCCAUGUUUUGAUUGCCGUAAUUUUUUCGUGUGUGCUUGUCAAGGACCACCACCGGCAGUUGUGGUUGUGUCGGGCGAGAUACCGCGAACGAAAAAUCCCUUUUUUGAUGGCCGGCAAACCUUAACCGGCCAUGUGGGAUUAGUUCCGAGUGUGGUUUUACCGUGCGAGAGAGCGGGGCGAAGAGAAUUGGUAUACUUCCUCCUUGUUUUGUAGAGUUGACUAGGCGGUGCGGCGGGGUAUUCAACAACGCUUGGUUCUGCUAUGAGUAGAUCGCAAGGCUGACGUUUUGGUGCCCUACCUUGCUGACCAGCGAUGUAUUUUCGAGCUGACUUCGAGUGAUGGUAUACCUAGACUAGAAGCACGAGUUUAGAGGGUAGGGGCACGGCGAGAUUCCCCGCACUCCCUGAUUUGUAGAAUAGAGGAAAGUGAUUUGUGUAAAAAAGAUAUGAAAACUUUUU